UUGUUUGAAAGGUAAGUUACAAUAAUAACAUAUUCUGCUACUCAAUUAGUUACCUAUUUGUAACAUUUUGCACAGUUACACGAAUCGGAAUGAUUAUUCCUUUCUGCAAGUAGAAGAAUAUGACCACAAUUUCCUGCAGUAGUGCGUGUUUUUUCGAUCACCGUGUGUAUCUAUUUGGUUUAAAAAUAGAAAGAGUUGUUUUUCCAAUUAAAUUGGUUUCAAACGAUUAUUAGGCCAUUUAUGGAUUUAAUCAAUUAGCUGUCGAAUUCGCCUAACAUAUAUAUUAGUUUAUUGCUUCUCGAUAAUUAAAUGUAAUUGCUAAACUAAAUUAUUUUUCGCAAAAAAAAAGGAUGAAUGCUCUCCUUAAUGUUUUAUUGGCUUAAAAAAUACCGAGUUUGGAACAUAUUAAAAUUGGUUUAAUGUUGGUUGAAUGAUCGCGAUUAUUUUCCGCAUGGUGAAACAGUUUUUUAAAAUAGAUUGGAAUAGAAAGACACUUUACUUUAAUUUUAUAAUUACGAUUACAAUUUUAAAUAUUUUAAAGAUUGUUAAUAUCGUUUAAACUAUACCGCCCCUUUUCAUUUAGGUAUGUAGGUACGUUACAAUAAUUCCGAAAACGAUUUUGCAAAAUAUAUAGAAACAACAACAGAUGCAUUAUUUAUUUGUGAAAUUUGCAAUUUAUCAUGGAGCUAUCAUUUAUUUUUGUUUUACUUGGCAGGUUUCCAAAAGUGUUACUGUUACCCCAUUCGAAAGAACAUCUAGAAAAUUGCUCGACUUGCUUCGAUCAUCACCGAUCUUUAACGUUGGAAAAUAGUAGACUCCAGUUUAGAAAUAAUUUACGACUUGGCAACGAAAAGUUUGGGUUCGCUAUGCGUCACGCAAAAUUAUCAGUCUCUCCCGAUACCAGUGAACCCGUCAAUGUACGAGCACGCCCGUCAAAAGGCAGACUUGUCAGCCAUGUUCCUACAGGACUUGGGAGUAACUCAUCACAACAACGGUAUUCAAAGCACCGUAGCAAAAGAUCUGUUGAGCUCGGAUAGAACGAUAAUGGCGGUAAGGGUCCUUCUCAUAAAUAGCACUUCAGGACGUUUGGAGAGCUGCGACUGGUGGGAAAGUCAAGGGAUGGAAGUGGGAGGACCCAGGAGGGUCACCGAUAUGUGUCCAGAGCUGAGGAGACGUCUUCAACCGGAAUAUCCCUGGUACGAAGAUCCUGACUCAAGUCCUGCUCUAAGGUCCCCAAAAUUUAUGGAGAGUCCUGCAAAUAUGUCCUUCAAAGGAUGGUGGACGUACCCUUAUUAUUCCUGCCCAUCGAGAAAAUGGUUGUUAUCGUACAGUAUUCCAAUUCCACCCUUAGGCAGAGUCGAGCUUAAGGGCUUUCUUAGCUUAGAUAUCGAUUUAUCCGUUUUGGAGAUAAACCAAUGUGAAAAACAGGAGGAGAAUUCCGGAUCGUUGGAGAUAUCAUUCUUCUAUGACAGCCACAAAUGCGAAAACGCUACUACAAAGUGCAUCUACAACCAGCAACUCCCGUUUAAGGGAUGGAACCGGGGGAGUUAUACUUGUAAAUGUAGAGAGGGAUACUACUCACCCCAUUACGAUGGUAUAUUCAACGGAACUCUGGUUGAAAUGGCUUGGCAAGAGAAAAUAUCAAACAUUAGCAACACUUACGACGAAAUGUUUGUGUGUAGAAAAUGUGCUCCGGGGUGCUACCACUGCACCGAUUUUUCGCCGUGCUUGGCCACCUACCACUGGUCUUUCAGGAUUGCUCUGUUGAGUUUCAGCAUUUUCUGCGUCUUCUACACGAUCGGACUCAUCGUUUACAUGUACAAACAUAAGAAAUUAAAAGUAUUUAAAGUGGCAAGUCCGAUAUUCCUAGCAAUUACUUUGAUCGGAUGCGCGAUUAUGUAUUCGGAGAUGGCCGCAAUAUUUCCCGUUCUCGAUAUGUAUUCUUGUAUUGCAACAAAAUGGACGAGGCAUUUGGGCUUUUGUAUAACGUACACGGCAUUGCUCAUGAAGACUUGGAGAGUUUCCUUAACUUAUCGCGUGAAAUCAGCUCACAAAGUGAAACUAACUGAUAAGCAGCUUCUCCAGUGGAUGAUGCCGAUAUUACUGAUAAUGCUCAUCUAUCUAAGCACGUGGACCUUAUCGGGCACCCCAACAGCUGAAGAUAUCACCGAUAGCGACGGUUUGCGUUUCAAACAGUGCACCUACAAUUGGUGGGAUCACAGUCUUGCAAUUGGGGAAGUUUUUUUCUUGGCUUGGGGUGUCAGAGUUUGUUACAACGUUCGGAACGCAGAAUCCCUUUAUAACGAAGCUAGACUAAUUAGUUACGCAAUAUAUAAUAUUGCAGCGGUCAAUAUUAUAAUGAUAGCAUUCCAUUUAUUUAUUUUUCCGAGAGCCGGUCCUGAUAUAAAAUAUUUGUUAGGAUUUAUUAGAACCCAGUUAUCGACUUCAGUAACCAUUGCACUCGUUUUUGGUCCAAAGGUAAUGAGGGUUUUAAGAGGUCAAGGUGAUCAGUGGGACAAUAGGGCCAGAUCGCGUGGAGUCAGUGCCUCCUUCUCCCUGAACGGUAUUGGACUGGUUCCAGAAGAUGCACCGGAUCUCUAUCAAGAAAACGAAGAGCUGAAGUGCCCGUUACAGGAAGAAAUUCAAAAGCUAGCAGCGCAAAUAGAAUUCAUGAAAAUCGUCCAUAUGGAGGUAAAUAAUAGACAUAUAAAACCGAAAUUGGGGGGUUAUUUCAGUAGCGCCAAUCCCGCAGCUGCCAUCCAGAGUCCUCUGUCUAGACCCGGUUGUCUAUUGGGGAAACCGCCCGACGAACUGUGACCUCAACAAAUUAGUAGUGCUCCAGAAGACUUAAAAAGCAACGUAUUAGUUGGUCGAAAAGGUAGUAUUAUUAACAAAAUGAAGCCUGUUGUUGUAGUCUGACGACAACAUUUAUUAAUAAUGGUUGUGAUUUAAAGUGAUAAGAAAAUACGUACUUUACUAUUCUGGUAUGAAAUUAAGCGAAACAAGAAUAAAAAUAAAGUGGAUCUCAAUAUUGCAGUAAUUACGAUGAUAUACAGGUUGAAAUUUUAUCAUUAUCGAUGCAAAAACUACUACAAGGGUGUAUAAUUUGACAAAAAAAAAUUAAACAGAUCAAAUGACUAGCCCUCCCUACAUCCCUCCCUUUCCUUUCCUUAUUUUGAACGAUCUAGGAUUAGCUCUUCAUCAACACUGCAGCUUAGAUCAGACAACUGUAACAUGAUUGUGGGUGAUGUAAGGGGAACAAACCUUACAGUUCGGGAAUUUAUAACUACAGGGUGUCUCCAAUGUAAUUAGUGAACAGCAUACUCGAUACUCAGUGCUGGAUUUAAAUUUGACAAGAGGCUUCCCCUUCAAGUUCUUUUAAGAAAAAAAUGUUUAGAAUAAAUUGCCAUUUUUCUAAAAAUAAGCUGGUAUUUUUUAAAAGGGCUGUUGGACAAUAAUAAUUAUGCAAACAUAAACACAAUUUUUUUAAUUAUAUAAUGUUUCACUUUCACUACUAUUUCAGGUUUUUUGAAUUAAAAAAUGAGUCUUAUGAAACGAGACCACCCUUAUCUAUCACGCCCGAGGCUGUAGCCCCCCUAACCCCCCCCUACAGACGGCACUGUCGAUACUAUUACACCCUGUAUA